CCGGCGCCUCCGAUCCCCGAGUUCGAGCUGCCAGUUUACUACCAGUCAUCGCCUCGUCCUGCAGCCGUGCCACCAGCCCGUAGCCGAGGGGCGAUGAGCGACGGCGCGCGGAACACGCGCAGGUUCUUGGGAGCGUCCAGCAACGGCGCCGGCAGCGCGGGCUACCGAGACGGCGGCGCCGGCGGCAUUGGGGCGGCGCGGAGCAGCGACGUGAACACGGGGAUCCUGGACGAGAAUGUCCUGGCGCUGGUGUUCCGGUCCAUCAACUUCGACCCCAAGGCGCUCUGCACCGUGGCCCGCAUCAGCCGCCGCCUGCGCGCCGUCGCGGAGCGCGUGCUGUGGCGGGAGCUCUGCAUCUCGCGGGCGCCGCGGAUGGUGGCCUCGCUGACGGGGGCUCCGGCGGCAGGCGGGGCGGCGGCGCCCGGGCGCAUUGUGGGCGGGUGGCCGGCGCUGGCGAAGCUGCUCCUCUUCUGCUGCGGCGCGGCGUCGGCGGCCGUGCCGGGCCACUUCACGGGCGUGUCCCGGUUCUCCAAGACCUCCGGGCGGAGCUUCCUGUCGCGGCGGUGCCGGGGCGACCUGCUGUACGUGUCGGACCCCUGCGAGCACGCGGUGCCGGGCACCGCCGACGACGUGGGCGCCUACCGCGGCGUGUUCCGCGGGUUCAUGCGGUCGCGGACGCGGGCGUGCCUGGUGGGGCGGCGGGCCGCGCUGGAGACGCGCGUGCGCUGCCCCUACUGCGGCGCGCGCGUCUGGAGCAUGGUGGCCGCCGGGCUGGUGCCCCGCAGCGCGUGGCGCCGCCUGGGCGCCUACGAGGGCCGCCUCGAGUACUACGUCUGUGUCAGCGGCCACCUCCACGGCAACUGCUGGCUCGCGCGCCUCAGCUCCAGCGACGGCGACCACGACGGGGACUCGGACGACGACGACGACGACGCGUCCACGGAAGGCCACAGCGACGACGGCCAUGCCGCGUCCUAGCUGCCGGGCUUUCCAGGUCCAGGUCCACCACCAUGUGCUACUCCACAGAUCGGUUGCAGAGAGGCCAUUCGGUAGCAGUGUGUGUGUAGCGCCGACCGCCGAUGCUGUAGGAGAGGGAGGUCGGUGUCGAUCCCGAUCCCUGGACAGCGUGGCGUGCGUCUUUGCGUUGGGGUUGCCAGCAACAGCCGGAUGCGUGCUCUGCUUUGGCUGGCGGCGGCUGGAUGGAGAUAUGGCACGAUGUCUACUGUUCCGGCGAGCAAUGCGCGCGGCUGGAUGGAGCCUUUUUUCCGAUGUGAUGUGUUCACCUCGUUUUUCCUUGGUUAAUGUUUUGUCGGUUGCUGGUC